CCUGCUUUCCCUAUCCCAAUACCAAGGCGAACCCCCACGAUGGAGCGGACUACAGCUGAUACAUCGCCCGCUAAAGAUGAAGUGACACUACGUCGAGAAAGAGGCCGCAAGGCGCAGGCGGCUUUCAGGCAGAGACAGAUUACGGCAAUCAAUGAACUUCGAGACCACAACCACGCGAUGCAGAGUGCCAUAGCGUCUCUAGCAGACGUUGCAUCUCGGCUGGGAAAUGCGGAGCUGGAUGAUGCCGUACGUAGUGCCUGGCUGGUGGCCGACCUCGGUGGCCCGGAAGAGGCAGAUGGCAGUCAUGAUUGCCAGGUGACGAGCGAGUCCUUAGUACAGCAGCAACUUACAACAGCAAUGCCUCAAGGGAAUCUAAGCAUGGAUGGGAAGACAUGGCUGCCGCCACGUACUUCGGGCGAACCGCCCUUGUUGCCUCCAACGGGCCAUUACCAUACAGCAGUGCCAUCCGAGGCGAAGAAUCAACGUCCGUCCCAGCGCCAAGACAGCGCAGCAAAUGAGCCGCAGUUGGGUUACCAAACUGGACGCAUGUCCCCACGCCUCGACUAUGGCCUCUGGCUUGAGCCUCAGGUCAUUAGGCUGACCAACCCUCCCAUCGACAUUAUGCCCUACCUGGAAUCCAAUACGACGCUGUCUAGUGUUGUCUUCUGGUCUGGUCUAGUAUGGGGCUUCAGAAUUCUUCAGGCUUCUCUUGAGGGCAACAGCGAGGCGGGAGCUACCGCCCACAAGGUGUUCAACGAGGUUAUGUCAUUGAACCCCGGCCGUGGAACUCUCGGCGGAAUCCAUGCUCGCUUGUCGUUUCGCGAGACGGGCUAUAUCGCGUCCGACCAUCCUGGUUACGACCCCGACGGCGCGGCAAAAAUGCAAGGUGCCAUGGCUCGCGCAUGUGCGGCCAAUGGAACUUCACUCGAGGCUUUUCUGCGGCCAGACGAAAUCGAAGAUCAGCUCAGAGGGAGACUGGGGGAGGGUUACCGCGUUAUUGAGCUGGGUUUACAAGGCGUUGGUUCACCAGAGGAGCUAUCGCGGGUUGGUAGUCUGGUCACCAUGAUAACCAGGAGUAGCGUGUGUUUUGGUGAUGGUCCGCGACUUAGAUUUGACUGGAUGGUCAAACUCGCCGAACAUUGGCUGAAGACCUGACCAUCUCAUAGCCGUGGGAGCAGGUGCAGUCCAGCGUUCAGCGGGGAAGAAGUUUGUCAAAGACGACGCUCGCAAGUUGCUUCGGGCACGUUCAAUUAUGACGUUAGACCUCGGGAAAGUUUGAAUGCCAG